UCCUGCCCGCGCAUCAUGGCUAAUGCUCGCAACAACGAGAAGAAGCUGGAGCUGGAAGACGCUCCGGGGGGUCACUGCGGUUUCCCAGUGAAGUACGAAAAAGUAGAAAAACAAGUGGACAAGACGAAAGCCGUAUGCCGACACUGUGAAGCGGUGCCUCUGACACUGCCGAGGCCCCUGAGCCAGCUGCCCUCUCCUCCUCCCUCUUCCCACUCCGGGACGACAUGCGGUGACUUCUUGGUGUCCUCAGCGGUGAUGUUGCCCUCCGCCGGCGGCUCGGUCCGGUCGGCUGUCAGGCUGCUGGCUCGGCGGACCUGGAGUGGAGGACGUAUCUGCUUCCCAUGCAGAAGCAUUUCUGUGAAACCAGGAAGCCUGAAGCCAAAGAUGGUUCCACCUCGAUACCUUGGCCAGCCGAGCCCUUUCACUCAUCCACACCUCAUCAAACAUGGGGAGGUGAGUCCAGGUUUGAGCCAGACUGAAUAUGAGCUCCGCAGGCACCGACUGGCCUCACUUAUCGAGGCCCAAGCAGACAGACUGGGACCUCCUGCCUCCUCUGGCACCCAUGUGGUCAUCGUCUUAUCCCAUCCGACUCGCUACAUGACCAACGACAUCCCUUAUCCCUUCCACCAGAACCAGGACUUCUUCUACCUCAGCGGCUUCCUAGAGCCUGACAGUGCCUUGGUUCUGUAUGGGAAAAAUCGACCGGACCAGGCCAUCCUGUUCGUUCCCCGCAGAGACCCAGGAAGGGAACUGUGGGACGGGCCUCGGUCUGGGAAGGAUGGGGCAGCAGCUUUGACCGGCAUAGAGAGAGUUCAUAGCACAGAAGAGCUAGGUGUUGUACUCAAGAGUCUUAAAGGUACUCAGCUGUGGUAUGAUGGUUCACAGCCUGCACACGCUCGGCUCCAUCAGGCUCAUGUGUGCCCCAUCCUGGAGGCAGGACCAGCACCACGCACUGUCAGACCCCUCAUACAUUUUCUCAGGGCCCUCAAGAGCCCAGCAGAGGUGGCCCUCAUGCAGGAAGCGGGUCGCAUCACAGCACAGGCUUUCAGGAGGACCAUGGCUCUGUCUCGAGGGGCCGUGGAUGAAGCUGUGCUCUUUGCUAAGUUUGAUUUUGAGAAUCGGAUCCACGGUGCCAACUUCCUGGCCUAUCCCCCCGUGGUUGCUGGAGGGAAUCGAGCGAACACUCUGCACUACAUAAACAACAACCAGAUUAUCAAGGAUGGUGAAAUGGUUCUGCUUGAUGGUGGUUGUGAAUACUUUGGCUAUGUAAGUGAUAUCACACGGACGUGGCCAGUGAAUGGGAGAUUCAGUCCUGCCCAGGCUGACUUGUAUGAGGCCGUGCUUGAGGUCCAGCGCUCCUGUUUAUCCCUGUGUUCUCCAGGCGUUAGUCUAGAUCACAUCUACAGUACCAUGCUGGCUCUGCUGGGACGACAGCUCAAGCGGCUCGGCAUCCUCAAGGCCAGUACCAGUGAUGCUGAUGUGCUGAAGGCUGCAAGGCGGUAUUGUCCCCACCAUGUCGGCCAUUACCUGGGCAUGGAUGUCCACGACACUCCCGAGCUAUCCCGCUCACAACCUCUCCAGCCAGGAAUGGCCAUCACUGUAGAACCGGGGUUGUACAUCUGUGAGGACAAUGACCAGGCGCCACGGCAUUUCCGUGGUCUGGGUGUCAGGAUUGAGGACGAUGUGGUGAUCCAAGAAAAAGGAGGACCUCUAGUUCUGUCCUCCGACGCGCCAAAGACCAUCGCUGAUGUUGAGCAGGCCUGUGCGCAGAGAUAGGGCACGGAGAAACAGGCGAGUGGCCAAGUGAGCCACAGCAGCGAUUGUUAUAUCCUCAAGCUCAGGGCCCCGGUACAAAAGCGUAGAAGCUGUAAGGCUUUCGUUUUUGCCAGAGCAAGACACCUCUACUGCCUAAUUACAUGUUUAAAGACCAUUAUAGGGGGUUUCAUGUUUGUUGUCUUUCACAGUAAAGUUAGUAUUUGUUAUCAGGAGUGCAUGAAGUCAGUCAUUGGAAUAUUUUAUUCAUAAGAACGUAAACAAAAUUCCAAACAGGCAAACGUCAAAGGAUGCAGGUUUAGUUGUGCAUUAAUAGCUUUGGAGCCUAACACACACAUACUGUAUGUAUGUGUAAGAGAGUGAAAUCUAACACUGAUUAGUAAAUCAAAACUUAGGGGAAAAAAGCUAUUUAUUCCCCCAUUAUCACGUUUUUAUUAACUGCCACCAUCAUGGGACACCAGGUAAUUUAUAUUUCCUUUUUUCACUUUUAAAAGGUGUCAUUCUUCCGAAGCACACAUGAACUUACUGUGCUGUCUGGUGAGUAGAAAGAACGAGAAAAUUUAAAAUUAUACAACACGGAAAUGAUGCAUAAAGAGGGAUCUGCCUGAAACUGCUGCUCCUGAUAAACCUGGAAUAAUGGGAAUGAUUACAGCAGUUUGUAGAAGCGUGAAAAAGUGUGCACUGAGAAGACACUGACUGUGUUGUUGUGAAUGUGUGUUGGAAUUAUGUCUUCAGCUGAGAGAAUAAAGUGGAUCUCUCAAAGUAAAUUGUGUUUAUAUGCAUUAAAAGAUCUUAAUAUUCUUUCAUACCUAAUAAAUCCAGAUGGUUUGCCACUGGCUGUUUAUAAUGGGUGCUAUGGUGUAAAAAAUAAUGAUUUUAAAUGAUAGUGGCUGCAAUGAGGGACACAAAGACCUGGAAACAAAGCUUUUAUCACAAGGUUAUGUGGUCACUUGUGUGCUAAUGGAAGGAACGUCCAAUGUCAUCUUGUAUUGCUGCAUUUUUUUAGACGAUUGUGCUUAAAGUCUUGUUGUGCUUUUGGGGAAUGAAACUAGCCCCAUCAUGGAGUUGAUUGAAACAGAAUUGUUUGCAAGUACAUUUUUUUAAGUUCAUAAAUGUUUUAAAAAGAAAAAACAAAGAUCCUAUGUAGAAUAACUGCAUUUAUUAGUGAUUUUUACUUAUUUUAAAAUGUUAAAAAAUAUUUUUUCAAUCUUCUAUUGUCCUAUUUUUGGUGAUCCUGUGCUAUGUGGAGCCUCAGUUUCCUGUUCUUAGCUGACAGAAGUGGUACAAGAUGUGGUCUUCUGCUGCUGUAGUCCAUCUUCUUCAAAGUUGGACGUGUUGGGCAUUCAGAGAUGGAUUCCUUGGUGGUAGUGAAUGGUUAUUGUAGUUACUGCUGGCUUUCUAUCAUCUCCAACCACUCUGCCCAUUCUCCUCUGACCUCUCAUAUCAACAAGACAUUUAGGUCCACACAACUGCCACUCACUGGAUAUUUUCUCUUUUUCGAACCAUUCUCUGUAAACCCUAGAGACGGUUGUGUGUGAAAAUCCCAGUAGAGCAGCAGUUUGUGAAAUAGACCAGCCCGUUUGGCACCAACAACCAUGCCACGUUCAAAGUCACUUGAAUCCUUCCUUUCUUCCCCAUUCUGAUGCUCCGGUUGAACUUCAGCAAGUUGUCUUGAACACGUCUACAUGAAUAAAUGCAUUGAGUUGCAGUCAUGUGAUUGGCUUAUUAGAUAUUUAUGUUAAAAAAGCAGUUCAACAGGUGUAUCUAAUAAAGUGGCUGGUGAGUGUAUUUAAUGUACGUGUAGAAACUGCUUUUAUGUUACGCUUCUUGCUUGUAUAUAGUCAGAAGUCCUAAUGAUAUCGUUGUGUUGUAAUACACAGAAAGAGUGGCAACAUGGGGGCCUCAAAACAACUCUCAAAUGACCUGAAAACAAAGAUUGUUCAAUGUUACUGUUAGGGGAAAACUAUAAAAAUCUAUCUUAGACAUUUUAGCUCUCAGUAUCCACUGUGAGGAACAUUGUGAAGAAAUGGAAGACCACAGGCACAGUUCUUGGUCGGGUCAGAAGUGGCAGGCCAAGAAAAAUAUUGGAGAGGCAAAGGCAAAAGAUGGUGAGAACCGUCAAAGAAAACCCACACACCACCUCCAAAGACCUACAGCAGCAUCUUGUUGUAGAUGGUGUCACUGGGUAUUGUGCAACAAUUCAGUGCACUUUGCAGAAGGAGAAGCUGUACAGGAGAGAUGCGGAAGAAACCUUUUCUGCACACGCAACGAACAGAGUCCCUUGCGGUUUGCAAAAGCACAUUUGGACAAACCAGCUCCAUUUUGGAAUAAGACUGAGUUAUUUGGUCAUAACCAGGGGCAUUUUGCAUGGCAGCAAAAGAAGACAGCAUUCCAAGAAAAACACUUGCUACCACAGUAAAAUCUGAUGAUGUUUCCAUCAUUCUGUGGGGUUGUGUGGCCUGUGCCAGUGCUGGGAAUCUUGUUAAAGUUCAGGGUUGGAUGGGUUUCACUCAAUUUCAGCAGAUUCUUGAGAAUAAUGUUCAAGAAUCAGUCACAAAGUUGGAAUUUCCAUAAAUGUGUGGCACUUGUAGGUUGCUUUUGCUUUUCACUCUUCUGUCCGGUUCAUCCCAAACCAGCUGGGAGAGUCUGGAGACUGUGCUGCCACUCCAUGUUUUCAGUCUUACCAUCUUGUUCUUUUUUUCCUAAAGUAUUUCUGGCACAGCUUGGACUGAUGUUUUGGGUCAUUAUCUUGCUGUAGGAUGAACCCCUGACCAACUAGGAACAUACCAGAGGGUACUGCAUGGCGCUGCAGAAUGCUGUGGUAGCCGUUUUGGUUCAGGGUUCCUCUCAUUGUCAAAAAUUCUCCUUGAUGAACCAAAGAUUUAAAAUUUUGAUUCAUCAGUCCAUAAUACCUUCUUCCAGUCUUCAUUGGUGGUGUUUCAUGGCUCAGCCAGGUCUCUUUUCUUAUUCUAAUGUCUUAACAAUGGAUUUCUUGCUGUAACUCCACCUGUCAAACCUGCAACUCCAAGUCUUCUCUUCACAGUUGAAACUGAGACUUCUUACUGCGCCCACUAUUAAGCUGUGAAGCUGUUGUCCUGUGAGCUGCCUAUCACCAGCUGUUGAUUCUCAGAAACUUGCCUUCUGAUUCUGUUGUGGCUUCGGGUCUUCUAGACUUCUUCCUGUUAAGAGUUUCCUCAGUUUCUGAGUGCCUUUUGAUGGUGAAAAAAACUCUGCUCACUGACAUCUUGACUUUUUGCCCAAUUUCUCUGUCGGAAAUAACUACAUUUUAAAAUGUUAUGAUGGUCUGUCUCUCUUCUAUUAUUAAUUGCCUUCUCCUAACCAUUUUUAUAACAACACGUGACUUUCUGUCGUACAAAAUUGUUCAAAUAGUGCUCUGGAGGGUUUGGUGCCACAACUGUUUCAACACUACUUUAAUGCAGACAGAGGGGGUCAUAAGUAAUCAAGAAAAGUUGGGACACCUGUAGGAUUUGGUGGCACCAACUUUCCAGGCUUGAUCAAUCUCCAUUGCUGCAGAACAGCUUUAAGUUGUUAACCCAUUUCUUGUUCCAUGAAAAAGGUCUUUUUGUAUAAUUUUGAAAUGUACAUUUUUUUUUUCAAUUUUGGGUAACCUUACCUUUUUUUAACCUUUGUCAGUUCAGCACUUUGUACCAUUUCAAGCUAUUUAUUGGACUUGAACUACUUGAAUUUCAAUGAAAAACUUGAAAAAU